GCUGCACCUCUAGUGGGCUCAAGUCGAGCGAAUGCCACAGGACUUUUGGAGGCUCCACAUACAUUGAAACCAGUACAAGAAGACUCUAUUGCCCCUUCUGGUCGCUCCUCUCCAGUUUCUCAAGCAGGCACUCUGCGAAGGGAUAGACCACCCGGGCGUUCUGCCAUCACCCAGCUAUCUAUUCCUGAUAGUGAUGCUUCUAUGGCGGCAUUACUGGAGCACCUGAAUCUGGACAAUGGUCGCGAAGCAAUGGCCGACUUUGGCCCAAAGGUGAAGGAUGGGGCUAUUAGGCGCCGCACCAAUGUUCGGACACCCUUACAUCCUCGAGACACGACAGGGCGAAAGACAGAUAUUGCCUUGAUUGCCCAUUUGACGGCGCACAACGGUCCUAUCAACGGUUUGGUCGUAUCUCCGGAUCAUGCCUUCUUUGCUUCAUGUUCCGACGAUGAGACAGUCAAGAUCUGGGAUACAGCUAAACUUGAGAGAAAUGUGACAAGGAAGCCGCGACACGUCUAUAGCCAACAUCAUGCCAGCGUAAAGGCUAUAUGCAUACUCGAAAACUCACAUUGCUUCGCCA